AUCCUUGGGGGGUGGGAGGCACAUCUGCAUUGCAAAUAAAAAUAAUAAUUACAACCACCAACCAACCAACAACAAAAAAUGUAACAGCUAAGAGAAAACACUUGAAAUCACGGACUUUGGGAAUCAGAGAUCACAGAAAUUGCACUAUUUAUAAGGAGAGGAGAAAAAAAGGCAAGAAAUCCAGCGACCAUGGGCCAGCCCGGCUUCCUAGAGUGUACUUUGUGUUCUCUCUCCUUUUUCCAAGGUAAUUGCAGUCUGCCGAGAGGGAGUUAAAUGGGAUUAAAAGAUCUGUGUAAGCAAAAGGACCCAGAAGAGAAGGAGGAAGGAGUGAGCCGUCCGGGCCAGGGGUGUCUGUGACACAGCCGAACCCCUUAGCGAGGCACAGAGCCGAGCUCCUGGGAAGGAUGUACCCACAAACCGCCUCACCCCCCGAUUUCUGAUGGAUUGCCGCAAAAAUUGCCCGAAAGAGACAAUGCACUAAAACGUGAUGGAGCCGGAAUCAGAGCCGGUCUCCAGACUCAGAGCUACAGCGGCAGGCAGGGGGGGAUUCUGCUAUCUCUGGACAAUAUUUUGUUUUACUUGGUUCCUGGGAUUCACACAGGGAAAUUCUGAAGAUGUGGAUGUUCUUCAAAGACUGGGCCUGUCAGGGAAAAGGCCAUCGAGUGGAUGGUCCUCCUCACGUGCAGCUCCUCAAGGAGUCAUUCCUUUCAAGUCAGGGGUCAUCUUCACGCAGCGGGCCCGUGUGGAAGCCCCGCUCAGCGCCCUGCUCCCCGCGGGCUCCAGCUCCGACCUGCUCCUGGUGCUGAGCCUCUGCUCCCACCGCAUCAACAACGCCUUCCUCUUUGCUGUCAGGAGCAAAAAGAAAAAACUGCAGCUGGGGGUCCAGUUUGUGCCCGGGAAGAUCAUCGUGUACGUGGGCCACAAGCGCUCUGUAUAUUUUGAUUACAAUGUCCACGAUGGCCGGUGGCACAACAUGGCCAUCAACAUCCGUGGCCAGACUGUCACUUUAUUUACUUCUUGUGGGAAGCGCAGAGUACAUGCGGAUUUGCAUUUUAAAAAGGACGAGGUGUUGGAUCCACAAGGAUCUUUCCUCUUUGGGAAGAUAAGCCAGCACUCCGUGCAGUUUGAAGGAGCCAUCUGCCAGUUUGAUAUUUAUCCUUCCGCCAAGGCAGCUCAUCAUUACUGUAAAUACCUGAAAAAACAGUGCAGGCAAGCAGAUACCUACCGGCCAAACCUGCCCCCUCUCAUCCCCCUCCUGCCCAGAGAUCCCAGUGCCUCCCCCAGCACCCCACAGCAUACAGAGCCCUUGCUGCAGGGUCUGAAAAACCUGACCACUGCUGCCCCAAACUUGGAGUUUGGCAGGGUCACUGCACCCCUCAAGACAAGGGGUUCAGGUACAACAACAAUCCCCACAUUGCUGUCAACCCCACCAUCACGGCCAAGACUGACCACCAAAGCCACCAAGGUCACGGUGGCCCCACCUGUUGUGUCAAGUCCCAAACCACAGGUACCCACCCAGUCCCCUCGGGGCGUGGGGACAACCCUCAGGGUGUCUCAGCCCACUCCCAGCACACGCAGGGAGAAAACUCCUCUUCCCACCGCCAAAAGGGCCCCACCAACGAGCCAGAGCCUGGUCACGGCCAGCAGGAAGGAGUCUGAGCAAGAGACCAAAAAGAAGACCAACCAAAAACCAACCACUGAGCCCCCUGAAGUGCUCAGUACUGCAAAGCCGCUGAGGAGAGUGACUGAUAACACCACGAGCAGUGUCCACCUGGUUACCCUGAAGCAAACCCCGCAGAACCCGAGCCGUGGGCCCACCCCCAAGAAGCCGUCCCCCACCAGGAGAGUGGAUCCCAGCACCAUCCCUCUGGUGUUCACCAAGCCACCCCUGGGCUCUGCCCGGCCCAGCUCUAGGGCCAGGGCCUCCAACCUCACCACCCCAGCUGCCACAGAUGGCUAUCAAAUCUUUGACCCCUUGGGACCCACCCCGUUUCCAUUUUUACUGGGAUUUCCAGGAGUGAAAGGAGAGAGAGGACCUCAGGGCCCACCAGGUCUGCCAGGCUUACCAGGACCCCCUGGCAAGAGAGGUUCUCGAGGUCCCCCAGGCCCCCAUGGAAACCCUGGCUCACCUGGCCCCCCAGGACUGAAGGGUCAGAAAGGUGAUCCUGGGCUGUCACCUGGAAAAGCUCGCAAUGGGCAGAAGGGAGAUGUGGGCUUACCUGGUUUAACUGGGUUCCCUGGACCACCUGGUAGAAAGGGAUAUAAAGGCUACCCUGGACCACCAGGUCACCCUGGAGACCAGGGUGAACGAGGACCAGCUGGAAGUCCAGGUGCCAAAGGUUAUCCUGGCAGGCAGGGUUUACCUGGCCCCAUAGGGGAAUCUGGCCCAAAAGGCACUCGGGGCUAUAUUGGUCUCCCAGGAUUAUUUGGGCUACCAGGAGCCGAUGGAGAACGAGGGAUCCCCGGAGUUCCUGGGAAGAGGGGCAAGAUGGGUAGGCCGCUCUCAGGUGUUCCAGAAGAUGCCCAUGUUGUCCUGGUGAGCAGAGAAGGGGAUAAAGCACUUUUACUUGGACUCCCAGUUCGAGCUCUUUCUGGUUUUCCUGGGAAUUAUGGAGAACGAGGACCUCCAGGCAUCGAUGGGAACCCUGGAGAAUUGGGAGCCCCAGGUCCUCCUGGAGUCCUUGGACUCAUUGGUGACAUGGGCCCUGUUGGACCAAUUGGCUAUCCAGGACCAAAAGGAUUAAAGGGGCUGAUGGGAAACCCUGGAGAACAUGGACUGAAAGGUGAUAAGGGUGAUCAGGGAAGAGCAGGUGUUCCAGGAGAUAUUGGCUUCCAAGGAGACAAGGGCAGCCAGGGUUUGCCUGGGGUCCCUGGGGCACGAGGGAAGGCAGGCCCCCUGGGAAAAGUCGGUGACAAAGGACCAGUUGGCUUUCCAGGACCCCCUGGCCCUGAGGGCUUCCCAGGUGACAUUGGCCCACCAGGAGAAAACGGCCCUGAAGGUCUGAAGGGAAAGCCAGGAGCACGAGGUUUACCUGGGCCAAGAGGACUGCCUGGACAAGAGGGAGAUGAAGGCCCCUUAGGACCACCAGGAGUCCCUGGUCUAGAGGGUCGGUCUGGUCGGAAGGGAUUUCCAGGAACUCCUGGUCCCAAUGGUCCAAAGGGUGAGCCAGGAAACCGUGGCCGACCUGGGAAAGUUGGUGAGCAGGGUCUCAUGGGUUUCAUUGGUCCAGUGGGGGAGCCUGGAAUGGCAGGAGAAAAGGGUGACCGUGGCCCAGUGGGACCCCCAGGCCCUCCAGGAGUCAAGGGGUCGAUGGGGCACCCUGGGAUGCCAGGAGGAGUGGGAUUUCCUGGGAUCCCUGGACCAACAGGUCCAGCAGGAGCCCGGGGUGCACCAGGGCUCCGAGGGAUGAAAGGUCGCAGGGGUGCCAGAGGGCCUGAUGGCCCUGUGGGCGAGCCAGGGCCGCGAGGUGCCAAGGGCCGAGCAGGGGAGCCAGGCAGGGUGGGCCCAGAUGGGCUGCAGGGCAAGAUGGGGGACACUGGGGAGACUGGAGCACGCGGCUUCCCAGGUAUCCAAGGACCUUCUGGACCUCCAGGAGCAAAAGGGGCUCCAGGAGACCCGGGUCCCCAAGGACCACAGGGGCCACCCGGGCCUUUGGGAGAAAUGGGGCAGAAGGGACCGCCAGGCUCAAUGGGACAACCUGGUCUUGCAGGUGAACCUGGCAUGAAGGGUGAUCCUGGCCAGCUGGGGAUCCCUGGAGAGCAAGGUCUCAUUGGCCAAAGAGGAGAGCCGGGGCUGGAAGGGGACAGCGGGCAGCUGGGGCCAGAUGGGAUCAAGGGAGACAAAGGAGAGCAAGGCCCAGAAGGAGAGAAAGGAGAGAAGGGCAGUGAAGGGCUGAAGGGGAAGGAAGGAGCUCCUGGAUAUCCCGGCAUCCCAGGUGUCCGAGGACCAGAAGGGAAACCAGGAAAACAGGGAGAAAAGGGCAAGCCUGGCCAGAAGGGCAGCAAAGGCUACCAGGGGCAGCUUGGAGAGAUGGGAUCCCCAGGGAAGCAGGGGCCGAAGGGGAACCAAGGCCCCAAAGGAUCCCGAGGUACCCUGGGACCGAUGGGAGCUCCAGGAAGGAUGGGUGCUCAAGGGGACCCAGGCUUAAAGGGUUACCAGGGACAUGCAGGACCACCAGGGCCAAUUGGACCACCAGGGCCAAAGGGGGAAAAGGGACAACAAGGUGAUGAUGGGAAGGUGGAAGGCCCUCAGGGACCACCUGGAGACAGAGGCCCUGUUGGUGACAGAGGGGACCGAGGGGAGCCUGGAGACCCUGGUUAUCCUGGUCAGGAAGGGCUUGAUGGAGAAAGAGGAAAACCUGGGCAGCAAGGCUCACCGGGGGAUCCUGGAUCACCAGGCAAGCCAGGAGCAAAGGGAUCCAAAGGUGAUGUGGGUCAAAAAGGAAAGCAAGGAGCACAGGGCAGUGCAGGGAGCAGAGGCUCACCGGGCAUCCUUGGGCUGCCAGGCCCUCGAGGAGUGGUGGGAAGGCAAGGACAAGAGGGUGCCCCUGGAGUGGAUGGAGUGCCUGGGAAGGACGGCGUGCCUGGGAUGCUGGGAGAGCAGGGAGAUGAUGGGGAGGAAGGCGUGACCGGGAUGCCAGGCAAGAGAGGGAACCCUGGCGUGCCAGGACUGCCAGGGGCCCAGGGACCACCAGGAUUCAAGGGUGAAAGAGGAUUGCCUGGACAGAGUGGCCAAGCAGGGAAGCGAGGAUCCCCAGGAGGAACGGGCCCUCCAGGGAGCCCUGGAGACCCAGGAGCCAAAGGACAGCAGGGAGACUUUGGUGAGGCAGGAUUCCCAGGGAUUGCAGGACUCUUUGGGCCAAAGGGCCCCCCAGGAGACCUUGGGUUCAAAGGCAUUCAGGGACCACGUGGGCCUCCAGGUCUCAUGGGAAAAGAAGGAAUUAUUGGUCCUCUGGGCAUUCAGGGUCCCACAGGAAGCCCUGGCCCCAAGGGAGACAAAGGCAGCCGUGGGGACAUGGGUCUUCAAGGUCCAAGGGGUCCUCCAGGCCCACGAGGACACCCUGGCCCUCCGGGACCACCAGGAGUUCCAGCCUCGUUUCAGCAGGAUGGCUUUGGGGCAGCUUUCCAGACCUUGAUGGACUCCAACACUGCGCUCAAGAGAGAGGGUUACCAACACCCAGACCUUCUCAUGCUGGACCAUGGAGGGGAGAUCUUUAAGACUCUACACUACCUCAGCAACCUCAUUCAGAGCAUCAAAAGACCCCUGGGAACCAAGGAGAACCCUGCACGCAUCUGCCGGGACCUCAUGAACUGUGAACAGAAGAUGACUGAUGGUACCUACUGGAUUGACCCAAACCUUGGCUGCUCCUCAGACACCAUCCAGGUCAUCUGUAACUUCACCAACGGUGGCCAGACGUGUCUCAGCCCUGUCACUGUCUCCAAGCUGGAUUUCGACAUCGGGAGAGUGCAGAUGAACUUCCUGAGGCUGCUGAGCUCGGAGGUGGUGCAGCACAUCACCAUCCACUGCCUGAACACCUCUGUGUGGAGGGAGGGCUCCUCCGAGAGCCCCUCGGAGCGCGCCCUGCGCUUCAGGGCCUGGAACGGGCAGGUCUUCCAGGCCACGGGGCAGCUCAGGCCAGAGGUGGCAGCUGAUGAUUGCAAGAUCAAGGACGGACGCUGGCACAGGACCCUCUUUUCCUUCCGGACCCAGGACCCUCAGCAGCUGCCAAUUGUCAGCAUCCAGAACCUGCCCCCCUCGCAGCCAGGACAGCAGUACCACCUCGAGCAGGGACAGCUGGGCUGUGCCUUCUGGGCCAACUCCUGCUCCAGCUCUCCGAGAGCCCGCGAUCUACUGAACUCUGCCAGUUGUUGGAAAAGGAGGAGGAACAAGGACGUGGGGGAAGCAGGCAUCAGUCAGGAGUGAGCAGUGCAAAGGGAUCAGGGGGCUGGGUGUUGUGGUUCCACACACACAAAGCUUUUUCCAUGACCAAAGAAAACAUUGAGAGAAACC